AUGCAGCUCAAAUUCAAUCUUUUCUCUUACCCCAAUGGAAAUGGUAUGUGGAUUAUGGAUCUUCUGUCAAUUGCUGUUACUGUCGCUUAUGGAGCUACUGAGGUGGUUGAUAGGAGAGAAUUAUGGAAUGCCCUGGAAAAUUUAGCUAUACAGUGUGCUGAUAUCCUAUGGUUGAUUGGAGAGGACUUUAAUGCAGUUUGCGACCUCAGCAAAGUAUGUGGCACAUCAGGGGAUAUCCGAACAGCUAUGGAAGACUUUAAUGCAGUCAUUCAGAAUACAGGAUUACUACCACUACCCAUGCAGGGAGAGUGGUACACAUGGCACAACCACAGUGCGACACCCCGGAAUCUCUGGAAAAGACUGGACCACAUGUUGAUAAAUGAUAGAGGGAUGGCACGGUUCCCUAACACAUUCUACUCGGUCCUUACACCACGCACUUCAGACCACUCACCGAUGGUACUAUAUGGGGACCGACAGCAGCAAUAUGGAGGUAUGUUCCGAUUUGAUAACUACCUCGCUCGUUCACCUGAGUUUAUUCCUAGUGUGCAGAAUAUAUGGCAACAUAAUAUUAUUGGGACGCCUAUGUAUACUGUGACACGCAAACUCAAAGCAUUGAAACCAAUCUUCCGAGAGCAAAGGCGGAAUAAAAGGGACCUAUCGCACAAUGUCCAAAUGGCGAAAGGGUUUCUUGAAGCAGCACAACUACUAGUAAGCUCAAGCAGGCGAGAUGAGCUAUACAUACAACUAGAACACGUUGUUUGA